AUGAACAGAUUUCGCACCAAGAAGAAGGUGAAGGAAGAGAGUGUCUUCGCACCGCGGGCUUCUCACGAGUCGGAUUCCCCUACUCCCUUUCGCUUGUUCGGUAAGGGGAAGAAAUCCCAAGAGGAGGAGCCGAAGCCAGAACUAGACCUUGAAAAUGCUUUGCCGCCGAGUGACGAUUUCCGGACGAGUUUGCUCAUGACCGGUCUGUCUGCGCGGUUUUCUAUGCUUAGAGAACAAGAUGACCCGCAUAGCAAGCUUGGGAAAGCGAGCGAUGACAGCGUACUAUUUCCAAGGAGGCAGUCGAGGAUGGACUUCGGCCUCGGCGCCAGCAGCACUGGACUGUCGGAUAUCGCCGAGGUCGCGUCCAUCAGGAAGGAGAUACCCUUCGCUCGGAUGGACUCGUACCACUCCGCCGACGGCAGCUCCAUAUCGGGAAGCGUCAUGGAUCGACCCAAGCCCGGCGAAGGCAAUAAUCUCUUCGGCGGUCGACAGAAGGUCUACAUGCUUGCCUCGGGGGCCUCGUCCUCGAAAACCCUCGGGGUUGGUGGCAUGAGUGGGCGUGUCCUCUACGACGACGAUGUGUCCCAGUCUGCUUUCCAAAAAUGGAGACAAGCCGAGAAGAACAAGUUGGCGUUUGAUGACGAUCAGGACCAGACGAGCAUCGAUCUCACUCGUUCCGACUCUCCCCCACCAGCUGGCUACAACAGCAAGCGGGAGACGAACUCGACGACAUCGUCCACGCCCUCGAUCGGCCGCAACUCCACUGCAGCUACGUCAAUCAUGUCCCAGCCCACAUCUUCGGCGAAGGACUGGCAAUCAACCACCACCAGGCCCAGCUCCGCUGCAGGCGCGUCACACCUCGAGAGGACGUCCACUCGCACGCGGCGUCUCUACGAGACCGGGCUGAACCAGGACCUCCAAGAACACCAAUCGUCGGCUUUGUCGCGCAUCGACACGCUGUCACGGCGGAACGUCGGCAGCAGGACCCCCGACAUGCAGAACGCGCCGUCCCCAACGAGCAGUCUCUUUAGUGAUCGGUUCAGUGAGCGGAGAAUUCUCGCCAAGGGCAGUGCGCCGAACCUGCGGUCCGCCAGCCCGCUAACGACCGGAAGCCCGACCCCCGCGACGGAUCUGGGCAUCACCAACCCGGAUCCCAAGCCCUCUUUCGGCGGAACCCCCCCGCUUAGCCCUCCGAUCAGUGAAGGCGAGGAGCACUCCAUCCUGCCCAACGACCGAGGCAAGGCCACCGCCAUGGGAUUGUUCCAAAAGCCUGCCCACGCGUAUGACGAGUCGAGGUAUGCUCAAAGACAGCUCCAACUCCAGCAAGGCCGCGAGACGCCGACCAACAGAUUCCGUGCCGAAUCCAAUGCCUCUCACACCACUGACCGGUCGCGCUCAUCUUCGGCCCAAAGACUCCCGAUCGAGAAGCCUGAGCCCGCCGUCCAGACUGAGCCGACCGUCAAGGAGGAGGAGGCUGGCGUAAGCUUCUACAAUGAGUCUGUCUCAUCUCCAGAUGAGAACACAAAACCGACUACGGCCGCCCAAGGUGCGUCAAGGCGACCGGCCGAUCGCGAUCAUCCCGCACUGAGGGAAUCCUCUGGGCCAACUCCAUCGACCCGGAUCUCCGUAGCCUCCGCUGAGCCUUCCCCCGUGUCUGACCGGCCCGUUGCCGCCGCCGCCGCCGCCGAAGCGUCAGCCCCCCCUCAAAUAGCGCCUAUGGACUCCCCAACCCUCCCUUCGUCAUCUGGCCUGAGCGGCAUGGUUCGCCAGCACCUUCGGACCGACAGCACGGCAUCCUCCAUCUAUGGUCCGGGACCGCAAAGCUCGCAAUUUGCUUCCCGGUUUCCACUAGACCCGUACGAUAACAAGUCUAUGGCGGACUUGAGCAUUAUGGCCAAUCCCUGGGAGGCUCAGUCGCCCGACUGGAGAAACUCGACCUUCAGCGGCACCGGCAACGGCCUGACGACCGCAGAGCAAAAGGAGCAGCCCGCUCCCCAACCCCGCCAGGGUCUGCCGUCGGACAACCAGAACGCGUCGCAAAAUGCAUCGGGGCGCAACGCAGUCUCGGGCAAUGGGAAGGAAAGGGAGCACGAUGAGUUCGCCAGCCAGCUUGCCGACGGCGCGCGUCGGGUCCGCGAGAGACUCACUUCAUACGUUGAGUCGGACCGCGACAGUCGAUCUCUAUCACCCAAGCCCGUGGAGCGUGUCAGAGAGCCGUCCCUGCCUCGCCCCAAUCCGUUGGGCAUCCUUAGACAGAAGACGAGCCGCGGUUCUUUGAUUGAUCGCAACCGGGAAAACCGUCAGGACAGCCAGCACUCCAAGGCCAUCAAGAUGCUUGGCCUUGCUUCGUCGACCAUCAGCAGCGCCCCCAGCCCGAACAAGUCCAGCUUCGAGGACAAGGAGCCCCCGUCCCCCGUCCACGACGAGCGUCACAAGCCCGGCUUCCCCAGGUCCGAAACGACUCCGGUACUCCCUUCGCAAGAGACGGGCAAGACCCAGGAAGACGAAUCCAUGCACGCUGGACUGAGGACAUUCAGACAGGCCAGGAUGCAGUUGUUGGAGGCCCAAAAGACCCCCUCGAAUGUCCCAACGGCCCCUGGCCAGAUGCUCGGCUCCAUGGCGGCCCCCAUAGUCGGCCCUCCAGCUUCGCGGACCACCCCCAUUCCUAGGCAACGGUCCGCCUCCCGUGAGCGACGACCGCCUCCCAUCACCUACCAGCAGCGGGCCCCGAGCGAGGAGCCCCAGCCCGGUGACGGCUCGGGACGCGCGGAGCGUAACCGCAGUGGUUCGGAAGCCGGCAACGGUGACAAACACCGUCCUGCGCGGCUCCGGACUGGCACGGGCACUUUUCCACAGGAGGACCGCGGAAUGGGCCUCAACCCCGGUAUCUCCCCUUCUGGUCGGUCACCGAUGUUGCAAUCCCCUGGCCUCCCCGGCACCAACAUCCGUCGGUCGCCCAUCAUGCCGCCUCAGCCGUACCCUAAGCCCCUUGACCGAUCUGCCUCGGGCAACCUGGCCAUCCAGUCCCGUCGUCGAGGGCCCGAAUCCGGACAGCCUUCUCCAAUCUCUCCCAUGGCGCCGAUACCUUCGCCCUCGAUCCCCGCAAGCCAAUCCACGCCAUCCUUGGUUCCCUCUCGGCGUCCUUCAGCACCCCCCAUGCCGUCGCCCAAUUCCGAAGCCCAUGGCAAUAACCGCCUCGACGAGACCAUGAAGAGGGUGGUCAGGAAGCAGGACAUAUCCGAGCCGACGUUUGUCUCGUCCACCUCACGGGUUCCUACCGUGUCUCUUCCCGAGACAUCGGACUCGCGGUCGAGAAGCGGCUCGCGUGCGCGGUCUGGCAGCAUUCUGGGUGCUGCUUCUUCGACACCCAACCUGCAUGCCACCAUGGUUGCUCACGCGAACGCGCCUCCUCUCCCUCCCAUCAACCCGAAGCGGCGCAACAUGAUGAGCCGCAGAGGAGAGGAUGGGGACGCUAGCUCUCCCCUUUCGCCGCCACCUGGGGCUUCUGGUGAAAACGGCGCCUUCUUUCUUGGCGACGAAGACGAAGGAUCCUCGCAACACCGCCUCCGGAAGGCAACAAGCGAGGCCAACGGCAUGAACAUGCGAGCCCGCCUUCCGCGUGUCAAUAGCCCUCCCAACAUGCCUUCGUCUGCGAGCAUGGCUGGCGGCAUGAUCUAA